CCCUGUCUGGGGGUCGUGAGGGUUCCUAGAGUCACAGUCUCUGGGAGUGGAGAGGUUCCGCCAGACUGCGGCCAUUCCCGGGCGGAUCCCCUGGGCCGUCGCGCCUCGCAGGCGCUCAUAAGCAGCAGGCGCUGGCCUUGGGGGAAGCGCCAGCUACAAGUCCACUCCCCCGGCCGGCCACGCCGGGGGCCUGGACGCCUGGCGCGCCAGCAGUGUCCGCUCCCUUUCCAGCCCAGUCCCGGCCGAGGACAGCAGGGCUCCGUCUAGCAGGCCGUGACCUCGCUCUGGAAACUACCGGGGGAGGGCACACCCGGAGAGGGAGGGAAGGGGCUCCAAGGGGAAGCCCCCAUCCCUCCCUAUCGCCCCUCUUCCUCCCCUAGCCAGCCAGGGCAGGAGGGGUCUGCGGGGCUCCGGGAGGGGGCCGCGGCCGAGGGGACUAAGGCGAUUGGCCCGGAGCCCCCCCGCCGGCUCCGCCCCCGCCCCAUCUGCUAGGGAUUUGGCGUCGGCGUCUCGGGCUCCGGCUUGGCUCGGCUCCAGCUCGGGCUCCGCGCGCCCCCCGGCCGGCCCCCGCCCCGCGCCCGCCUACCUGCUGCUCCCGCGCCCCGCGCCUCCCUCCCUGCCUCCCGCGCUCCCUCCUCGCGCCGGUUGUCGGAGCCUCGGGCUGGGUGCUGAUGGAACCGCCGCGAUGUUCGCUCCCCGGCUCUUGGAUUUCCAGAAGACGAAGUACGCGAGGUUCAUGAACCACCGAGUCCCCGCCCACAAGAGGUACCAGCCCACCGAGUACGAGCAUGCGGCCAACUGCGCCACCCACGCUCUCUGGAUCAUUCCCAGCAUCCUCGGCAGCUCCAACCUCUACUUCCUGUCCGACGACGACUGGGAGGCCAUCUCCGCCUGGGUCUAUGGGCUUGGCCUCUGUGGGCUCUUCGUGGUGUCCACUGUGUUCCACACCAUCUCCUGGAAGAAGAGCCAUCUCAGGAUGGUGGAGCAUUGCCUGCACAUGUUCGACCGUAUGGUCAUCUACUUCUUCAUCGCGGCGUCCUACGCACCCUGGCUGAACCUUCGGGAGCUGGGCCCCUGGGCCUCCCAUAUGCGUUGGCUGGUCUGGAUCAUGGCCUCGGUGGGCACCAUCUAUGUCUUCUUUUUCCACGAGCGAACGGGGAGCUGUGUGCCAUUCCUCCUGGGAGGCUGUCCCGAGGCCCAGAUGGCUUGUCUUCCUGCCAGGUACAAGCUGGUGGAGCUGCUCUGCUACGUCGUCAUGGGUUUCUUCCCCGCCCUGGUCAUCCUCUCAAUGCCCAACACCGAGGGCAUCUGGGAGCUGAUGACCGGAGGGGUCUUCUACUGCUUGGGUAUGGUGUUCUUCAAGAGUGACGGGAGGAUCCCCUUUGCCCACGCCAUCUGGCAUCUCUUUGUGGCCUUCGGGGCUGGUACCCACUACUAUGCCAUCUGGAGAUACCUCUAUCUGCCCAGCACCCUGCAGGCCAAGGUGUCCAAAUGA